AUGGCAGUUUAUCAUGGGCAGCCAAAUCUUAGGUUGGAUAACAAUGAUCUGGUCAGGGUAAACGGAAUCCAUCGCCACUCAAACCAAACUCGUGGCUUACUGACUCUGACCUCAACACAGAAACAGAGAUUUUGUCUGUCUGGCUGCUCUAUCAUGGAACCGAAUAUUUACCAACUUGCCCUCGCGGCUCUUUUUGGAGCCUCCUUCGUUGCCGUUUCAGGGUUCUUUAUGCACUUCAAGGCCCUGAAUCUCGUCCUCGAGCGUGGUAGAGAGAAGAAAGAGAACAACACCGAAGGAGGAGACUCGCCGCAGCAUCAAAGUCAGAGUCUUUCGAGGCGGAGAAGCCAAGUCAGAAGGAAAGGAUACAGCCCAGCUUCUCUUCCAGAUGCAACUCCCUUCACCGGAGCCGCCGAUGGCGGCGGCGGUGGCAGUGAUGCAGGGCGUAGUAACGGCCAUGUUUAUGUGGAUGAGAUCCCUCCUGGUUUGCCUAGGCUUCAUACUCCAUCUGAAGGGAGAUCUUCUGUACAUGGGACUAAUAGUAUCAGGAAAACUGGAAGCUUUGUUAGACCAAUCUCUCCAAAGUCUCCUGUUGCUAGUGCUAGCGCCUUUGAGAGUAUGGGAGAAUCAGAUGAUGAAGAUAAUUUGACUGAUAGUGCAGGUUUGGAUGCUUCUUACUUGCAAGCUAAUGGGGACUUGCCUGCGGAUGCUACUGAAGAGCAAAUAUCUAUGGCUGCUUCAAGUAUGAUUCGUUCACACAGUGUGUCUGGUGAUCUACAUGGAGUUCAGCCUGAUCCUAUUGCAGCUGACAUUCUUCGUAAAGAGCCGGAACAAGAGACUUUUGUCCGUCUUAAUGUUCCUCUCGAGGUGCCAACGUCGGAUGAAGUUGAAGCCUAUAAAUGUCUGCAAGAAUGUCUUGAAUUGAGGAAGAGGUAUGUGUUCCAAGAAACAGUUGCGCCAUGGGAAAAAGAAGUCAUAUCUGAUCCUAGUACCCCAAAGCCUAACUUAGAGCCAUUUGCACACUAUCCUCAAGGAAAGUCUGACCAUCAUUUUGAGAUGCAAGAUGGAGUAGUCCAUGUGUUUCCAAAUAAAGACGUCAAAGAAGAGCUCUUCCCUGUAGCUGAUGCCACAGCUUUUUUCACUGACUUGCAUCACGUUCUCAAAGUCAUAGCUGCUGGAAACAUGAGAACUUUGUGCCACCGUCGACUAGUGCUCCUAGAACAGAAAUUUAAUCUCCAUUUGAUGCUUAACGCGGAUAAAGAGUUUCUUGCCCAAAAAAGUGCACCACAUCGUGAUUUCUAUAACGUUAGGAAAGUCGAUACCCAUGUUCAUCAUUCAGCUUGCAUGAACCAGAAACACCUCUUAAGGUUUAUCAAGUCGAAGCUCAGGAAAGAACCUGAUGAGGUUGUCAUAUUUAGGGAUGGAACAUAUUUGACCUUGAAAGAAGUUUUUGAGAGUCUGGAUUUGACUGGAUAUGAUCUGAAUGUCGACCUUUUGGAUGUUCAUGCUGACAAGAGCACCUUUCAUCGCUUUGACAAGUUCAAUCUCAAGUACAAUCCAUGUGGUCAGAGUAGGCUGAGGGAAAUUUUCCUUAAACAGGAUAAUCUCAUCCAAGGUCGUUUUCUUGGCGAGAUAACAAAACAAGUUUUCUCCGACCUUGAAGCUAGCAAAUAUCAGAUGGCUGAAUACAGAAUAUCUAUAUACGGCAGAAAAAUGAGUGAGUGGGACCAAUUGGCUAGUUGGAUUGUGAACAAUGAUCUAUACAGUGAGAAUGUUGUCUGGUUAAUUCAGCUCCCACGCCUGUACAACAUCUACAAGGACAUGGGUAUUGUGACAUCGUUCCAAAACAUCCUUGACAAUAUAUUCAUUCCUCUGUUUGAAGCCACCGUAGAUCCCGAUUCGCAUCCCCAGCUCCAUGUUUUUUUGAAGCAGGUUGUUGGAUUUGAUUUGGUCGAUGAUGAAAGCAAACCUGAAAGACGUCCCACAAAACACAUGCCCACUCCAGCUCAAUGGACUAACGCAUUCAAUCCUGCAUUUUCUUACUACGUCUACUACUGUUACGCUAACCUCUAUGUGUUAAACAAGCUUCGAGAGUCAAAGGGCAUGACAACGAUCACACUAAGGCCACAUUCUGGGGAGGCUGGUGACAUUGACCACUUGGCUGCUACAUUUCUCACAUGCCAUAGCAUUGCUCAUGGAAUCAAUCUACGAAAGUCUCCUGUGCUUCAGUAUCUCUACUACCUCGCCCAGAUUGGUUUGGCCAUGUCUCCACUGAGCAACAACUCUCUGUUUCUAGAUUACCACAGGAACCCGUUUCCUGUGUUUUUCUUAAGAGGUCUCAAUGUUUCCCUGUCCACGGAUGAUCCACUUCAGAUUCACUUAACCAAAGAACCUCUCGUGGAAGAGUACAGCAUUGCUGCCUCGGUUUGGAAGCUUAGUUCAUGUGACCUGUGCGAGAUAGCUCGUAACUCAGUUUACCAGUCAGGUUUCUCACAUGCCCUGAAGUCGCACUGGAUUGGAAAAGACUACUACAAAAGAGGACCUGAUGGAAACGACAUUCAUAAAACAAAUGUACCUCACAUAAGGGUGGAGUUCCGUGACACGAUCUGGAAAGAGGAGAUGCAACAGGUUUAUUUGGGAAAGGCUGUUAUCUCAGAUGAAGUUGUUCCAUAAGAAACAGCAAUGAGAAAUGGCAACGUGUAAGAAUCCUAUAACUUUUUUUUUUUGAAACACAGCUUUCAUUAAAAACUUAACAUGGAGGACUACAAAGAUAAGAGGGAAUUAAACAUCCUCUUGAAGACAAAUCAUAACAUAAAAUGAAAAAUGAGAUCAAACAGGAUAAGUCUUCUUCAUAUGAAGUUGACAGCAGAUUCAAAACAAAGUUUGAAUGCGUCGAAGAAGCUUUCACAACAAAGUUGGAUAGCUGAGAAAUAGUCACAAGUGACGUUGAGGGACAACCCUCACCAACGAGAAAAACCGAAGCAAUCUCGAUUGCACCUUCUGGCCCCGUAGAGACCGCUACGCAAGGUAACAAACCGGCGAUUAAGUUGAAAUAAGGUCUCAGCAGAGAACCCAAGAUAGCAUCUCCAAUCAUAGAAGGGAGGCAUAUUUGUGAAAGAUUCUCCUCGUUUGAAGAGGAUGAUGAAACCCAUACCAGGGUCGGUGAAACCACAUAGAAAUUCUUCCCAGAGAAAUGAAAUUGCAAUAAUUUCAAGUUAUAGAGUCCAAAGAACCCAUCAAACAUCUUUAAAAUAACCAAAGAAGUCAUACCCGUAGCUAUAUAUCGCAUAUAUCGCAUGUUUUGAUUUGAAACUCUGGAUUUUAGAUUCUUGGUAAUCAGCUUUAUAGCUUCAAAAAAGGAAUUGGCCCAGGCCCACUUAGGUACAAAUCUCUUUGAUUCUGAAGCAAACGCCGGCAAAGUGCGAGACGUCGUGGAUCUAAGUUCAAGGUCGUAGAUGGCGCAGCAAACGUCGACUGAUAGAUAGAUGGUACUCACCGGCGGAGAGACGAGCUCACGGAAGCAAGCUGAGUGACCAUCGAAAACAGAUGUAGAAAGAGACGUUUGGCGGAGAUACGCAGAUCGACCGUUGAGGAAAGCACACACAAGAGGUAAUGGCAGCUCACUAGGAGGCGGGGAAAGUGAAGAUCUUCCGAUGAGAUUCGGAUCUGGGCUUGAGUUGCCUUGUACUCUGGCGCCAUAUGAGUGGAAAGGAACGAUACGCGGUAGUUUUGCUGUCUCACUUCCCAGAGAUGGAAAGCAAGAGUCUGAGUGUUGAGAUCUUCGCUCCAUGAGAGGUUGAAGAGCGCGGGUAAGGUCGACGGCACAGCCAGGGUGGAGUUCGUCGGGAAACAUUCCCGUGAACUUAAGAAGCGCGGUAGCAAGAGAACCCUCUCGACUCACCGCUGGAGAGCAGACCGGACAGUUAGGGAGAGCCAUCGGGAGGACUACAGUGAAGACAAAGAACCAAAGCUCAUAUCUCCGGCAAAGGCUCCGUCGGGUAUCCUUUUCUCCGAUCUGCAGAAGGCUACGACUCCGUAGCAUCUUAACUUUGAAGUGAACAACGAGCAGUGAGAUGAUUUUGAAGUGAACAACGAACAGUGAGAUGAAGGCAGAGGUUGGUGUCGACGAGAGAGUCCCGCGCCGGCGAGAAAACGCGUCGCCGGCGCCGGAAAACACUGAAGCUUGGUGUACCUCGAGCCCCGUGCCUGGGAGUGUUAGGGCGAACUGCUAGAAUCCUAUAACUUAAUGAUCUUUUUUUUACCACUUCUGUUGCAACAUGUUCUCUUAUGUGUCUCUCGGUGAUUGAAAUUCAGGGUGAGUGGGGUUUUUACACCAAGGGAGGCGUCUUCAGAAGUAUACGAUGAAGGAAGUAGAUAGGAUAAUAAUAUGAGAGUGGCUAUGUUGUGCCCUUAUGAAGGCUGCCAAAUCUAUUGUUUCUAUGAAUCGUAAUCCUUUUUUCUUUUAAUUUCUAGAGCUGACUUUAAAGAGCUGCAAAUGACUUUGAGAACUGGUUUUCUUUAUAUCUAAAGAGACCAUUAGAGUUAUAUCAUUUAGUUCUGGUUGAGUUUUGAUUAAGACCGGUUUAUAGGUGCUACUGAGAAGAUUUAAUGCUGGUUAGAUUUGGGUAUGUUUAAUCAACUAAUAUGUGCAGAGAAUGCGACUUCCAC